UCGCAAAAAUUCUACAUAUAUAUGCGAGCAGUUAAAUUCAUUUCCUGCGGGAGGAGUUAGUUGUCUCGCAAUUGAAUUGAAUGCAGUAGAAAGUGUUUCUCUGUACGGAUUAAUAAAAUGGCGAGUAGCUUCCACAACUUCGUUAAUGGAGAAGAACUGGAAUCGCAGAAGUUACCAUCAUUGCCUUCGUUCAAAGGCAAGAAGAAGCCGCGAGCCGGCGCGGAGGUCGAUGACUUCAUCACACUGAUGCACGGCUCCGAUCCGGUGCGCGUCGAGCUCGCUCGUCUCGAAAACGAAAUUCGAGAAAAAAAUAGAGAUGUGGCUGGGUUACAUGGGGAAAUCAAAGCACUCAAGUAUGAACAACGCUUAAAAGAGAAGGCAGUUCAAGAGCUUACUAAUGAGCUUAAGAAAGUAGAUGAAAAGUUCAAAGUGACAGAAGCUCAACUCGAAAGCAAGAAUCUAGAAAUCAAGAAAAUCAAUGAGGAGAAAAAGGCUGCUGUGGCUGCACAAUUUGCUGCAGAAGCCACACUUCGAAGGGUUCAUGCUGCUCAGAAAGACAAUGAGAUGCCUCCAAUCGAGGCAAUCAUCGCCCCUCUUGAGGCUGAGUUAAAAUUGGCUAGAAUUGAGAAAGCAACUCUAAUGGAAGAUAACAGAGCACUUGAUCGGCUUACCAAGUCUAAAGAGUUGGCGCUCUUAGAAGCAGAACGUGCAGUUAAGAUGGCUCUCGCCAAAGCGUCCUUGAUGGAUGAUCUGCAGAACAAAAACCAAGAGUUCAUGAAACAGAUUGGAAUAUGCCAGGAGGAGAACAGAAUAUUGGACAGAAUGCACAGGCAAAAGGUCGUAGAAGUAGAGAGGCUAACACAAACUGUUCGUGAGCUCGAAGAGGCAGUCUUGUCUGGUGGGGCUGCAGCCAAUGCUGUGCGUAACUACGAACGGAAAGUGCAAGAAAUAAAUGAAGAGAAAAGAAUUCUAGACCGAGAACUAGCUCGUGCUAAGGUCUCUGUAAACCGUGUUGCUGUUGUAGUUGCGAAUGAAUGGAAAGAUGCCAACGACAAAGUCAUGCCUGUGAAGCAGUGGCUUGAAGAAAGAAAAUUUUUUCAGGGAGAAAUCCAACAGCUCAAAGACAAGUUGGCGAUAGUCGAGCGAGCUGCUAAAGCAGAAGCUAAGUUAAAAGAGAAAUACCUGUUGCGCUUCAAGGUCUUGGAGGAAAGGCUUAAAACAAGUCCCCUUCAAUCUUUAUCACAAGGUAGAAGAAGCGUGAGCAACAGUGCUUCACGAAGAAGUUCGCAUGGAGAGCCAGAUGAGUUUAUAUCAAGAAAUGUAUUAGCUUCAUCUUGGACAUCAUCUCGUACGGACACUUCUAGCUCACUUUUGAAGCACACAAGGAACUUGUCAGUAACAUUCAAUGGAACUGGCAGAUUAUCGAAUAGGGACAUUGUAGCUUCACAGAAGCAUAAGAAAGAGAUCCAAAUUAAAUCAAUAACUUCAUCUAUCAACAAUGCGGGCAGUGAUUUUAUGACGGACAAAUCGAAAAAGGAAAAUGAAGACUACGUGUCGGGAGUGCUGUACGACAUGCUUCAGAAAGAGGUUUUGAAGUUGCAAAAAGCUUGCCAAGAGAAAGACGAAAGCCUCAAGGACAAAGAUGGUGCCAUUGAGAUGCUGGCAAAAAAGGUUGAAACAUUGAACAAGGCCAUCGAAGUUGAGGCAAAGAAAAUGAGGAGGGAAGUGAAUUCCAUGGAGAGGGAAGUUGCUGCGCUGCGAAAUGACAAAGAACAGCUUCGAAGGAACAGCCGCAGCAGUGUUACUCGAGGCACUAUUCCAGGGUCUCAUACACGUUUGAUGAGGAGUGGGCAAUAUCCAUAGGCACACCUACCGAUGCUCAAGGGAUCGUUCAUGACAACGAUAUUCACAGCUCAUCAGAGAGAAAGGAGGUUAUGUAACUAAGUUUGAGUAUGUCUUGUCCUACUCGUAUAUAUUGAAGUCUUUUAUUUCU